AUGGAAGCGCACCCAGACGGAAACACGGACGGAGGCCAGUCCCUGCGCACCGCAGAGUCGCGGGAUGGCCACGGGACUGGUCCCGAAAUCACCAACUCCAGCUCCCACUUCGACGUCCUUUGUGGCCCUCUGCUGAAUUACCAACGUAUGAGCGAUGAAGGGCCCUCGAAUGUGUUCUGGCACGGCUCCGUCCUCCUCGUCACUACACCCAACAACAACACUCCGGAGCUGGAACUGAAGAGCCUGGGAGCGUUGGAAUCUGGCACGAAGUUGAAGUCUUUGCCGUCGCAAACGGUACAGGGUUUGAAGCUUUACUCGGAUCCGGAUAAGACAUUCUGGCGGUUCAGCCUCAGGGUACCUCUAGUUGAGGCCGAAGCAAAAUGGCAGUACUCGAUCCCAAACAUGCAAUUCCUCACCGAUGUCUCCAAGGAACCGUCCAGGCAGUUUGUAGUGCCUUCUGCCACACAAUCGAUGCGCAUCAUGUUCCACUCCUGCAAUGGAUUCUCGGUCGGAACGGAUGAAGAUUUCUGGUCAGGACCUGUCUUGUGGAAUGACGUCCUGCGCACUCAUGCGCAGCGCCCUUUCCAUGUCAUGAUUGGCGGAGGUGAUCAGAUUUACAACGAUUCGAUCCGGGUCAAGGGCCCAUUGAAGGAGUGGACGUCCAUUUCCAAUCCUAAGAAGAGGCGAGAAUACCCUUUCAGUGGGGACCUCAGGGAGCAAUGCGACAAAUACUACUUUGAGAACUACAUCCGAUGGUAUUCCACAGAACCCUUCGCCUCGGCCAAUUCUCAAAUCGCCCAGAUCAAUAUUUGGGACGACCACGACAUCAUUGACGGGUUCGGUUCCUACACCGACCAUUUCAUGAGAUGUGCUGUCUUCCGUGGCCUCGGUGGUGUCAGUUUCAAGUACUAUUGCUUGUUCCAGCAUCACACUGCCCCACCCGUCUCAACGUUCACCACGGAUGCGCCCAAGACCAUGGGUGCUAACGCCAAUGGUACGGCAGGAGUUGAUCCGCGUCAACUGAACAAUACGUAUGUGUACAAAAGGACAGCAGACGACCCAAGUUGGAUUGUUGGCAAACGCCCUGGCCCGUACGUCGAGGAACGAUCGAGAAACCUGUACAUGCGCCUGGGUCGCCGCAUCGCUUUCUGUGGCAUUGACGCGAGGACGGAACGAACAAGGAAACAAGUCAAUUAUCCAGACACGUACGACCUGAUCUUUGAGAGACUGGAGAAGGAGUUUAGGGAAGCACAUGGAGAAAUCAAGCACCUGAUUCUCCUCCUUGGUGUGCCCAUCGCAUAUCCCCGGCUCGCGUGGCUAGAAAACAUCCUGACAUCGCCCUUGAUUGCCCCGGUUCGCUUGCUGAAUAAGAGGUUUGGCUUCGCCGGAGGCUUUUUCAACUCGUUCGAUGGCUCUGUUGAUCUCCUGGAUGACCUGGACGACCACUACACGGCGCGCCACCACAAGACCGAACGGCGCGAGUUGGUUCUUCGACUACAGAAACUCUCUACAGACUUCUCCGUUCGAGUCACUAUCCUCGGAGGAGAUGUACACCUUGCAGCAUUAGGUCGCUUCUAUUCGAACCCUGCGGAUAACAUGGAUCCAGUCGAAGAUCCGCGAUACAUGGCGAACAUUAUCUCCAGUGCUAUCACUAACAAACCACCUCCUCGAGCUGUGGCGAACUUGCUAGCGCGGAGAAAUAAAAUCCACCAUUUGAGGGAUGGAAAUACCGAUGAGACACUCCUCAAGAUGUUCAACAAACAACCAGGGGGCGUGAUGAAAGGUGCCGACUGGAAUCAAUGCACGAUGCCAAGCAGAAAUUACGCAUGUAUCACUGAAGUUGCCGAUGAUGAAGACUCGCAGCCUGCAAAUGGUACCGCUAAUGGCUCUGCGUAUCCACCGUCGAUCUCACCUGCGGUGAGUACAACGGGCAAGAAGGGCAAAUCUCGUCCCCACACGAACAAGGGUGCGCCCGACGGACACGGAUACCUACAUGCCGGUGAGGAAGGGGCGGGAACAACACAUCUAGCUGCAGAUGGUAUCAGCUCAGAGGCGGUCGGCCCGCAACUGAGGGGGGGCCUGAAUGUGGCAAUCAAGGUCGAGAUCGACAACCAAGACCGAGAGGGGAGAACUGAGGGAUAUGGGAUGAGCAGUAAGUCGAUACCCUUUUAUCAUGCGCGCUGA